AUGCCUCUCAAGAAGUCAUACUCGGAGCAUGUUGGACUCCCGCCAAAGAAUCGCUCGUGGCAACGCUCGAAAAGCAAUCCGAUCAAUGCCCAAACGACGCCGCGGCCUCUGGACCCUGUCUCCAACAAAACGAAGAAUAAGUUGAACAAGUUUCAGUUUCAAUCGGCGGACAACUUCGCCGAGCCAGCAGACCAAGAAAAUGGUGCAGUCAAGACGACCCGAGACGAUAUCACCAUCACACCAACGUCAAAGCUGAGCUGGCGAGACCUCAUGGAGUCGAACGCCCCAAAAGAAGACAAGCAAACAUCGCCGAACGAGCGGAUUCUAUGGAACAACGAAAGAAACAAAGACGACCGCACAUAUGCCGCCGCCCUAUCUCCAAUGAUGCCUAGAAAAGGCCGAAAGCGAGCUAGGAGCUCUUCGCCUAUAUCGUCUCCUUCGCAUGAGCAACCUGCUACGCCGGCAGUUAAUGUCAAGAAGCUGAGUGCGGCACUCAAAUCGCCUCAUGCGGAUCCAACACUCGAGCUGUGGGACCGGUUUUCUCUGAGCAGCAACGGCAACGUCACGCCGCUGGGCGUGACGAAUCCCGCUCUUGCGCAUCUAAUGUUUUCCUCGUCUCCCCGCAAUCCUAAGACUGCUCCUGCCCCUGCUUCUGUUCCUUCCGCCGAUGCGAGUUUGCGGAGAGCGAUAAGUUGCGGUCUUAACUGGCCAAAGAGGAGAAGGAUAGACCGUUCGGACACACCGUCAUUCAAUAGCACAUUGACGAGAGAAACGACGGAUAGCUCUAAGAAUUCUCUUGUCACAGCCCUGCUGGAUACUGUCACCGGCAGCAUACAAGAAGACGGCAGUCCGCCGCAAGUAUUAGAUCCCCCUGUCGAGCAUGAUAUAGAAACGCCGUCUCGCAAGAAAAGAAAACCAGACAUCAUAAGAUCACCUCCUAUGUCACCGACACCGAGACCAUCUCGAGUACUAAACAUAUCACAUCCAGACAAGAAAAAGGACCUGCAAAUGGUGAAAGACUUAGGGCUGGAUAUGGAAACGAAAACAGGCGCAGCAGAAUCUGAUUACGGUGAUGAUUUUGACGAGUUAGACGAUGACACUUUUCUGGAACUGGAAGCCGGCAUGAGUCUAUCACACCCAAAGGAAGACACCAGUGAACAAGCCCCCCCAGUGCCACCGCAUACCCAAAUAAUCAAAGGAAACGAUGCUAUAGUGGACGACGAAUUUGAUGAUUUGGAUGAUGACAUAUUCGAGGUUGCGGAAGGGAUCAUGGAGAGUGCAGAAACCGAGGCUAUAUCACACUCUGCGUCAUCCACAAAGUCGUCUUCUGCAAAGAAUAUGGUGCCUUCUCUUGACAACGACCCAGACGACGUUUUCGGUGACGACUUUGGUGCAGACUUUGAUUUCGAGGCCGCAGAGCUUGCCGCGACGCAGUCCGCUCAGCAAUCACACGCCCCUUUCACAACUGCUACGAGCCAAAAGCCCAAAGCUAUUCAGCGAUAUCUGGUGACCAAUGUCCUAGACAACGUAUACACCGACGAGCGUGAUCGAUCCAGGACGGAAAAGAUACUGAUUGUUCAAGCCGACAACAGCAAGAAUAUGAAGACCAUACAUCUCAGAGACGAUUGGUAUGAAACGCCAGCUCACGCCAAAGCAUACGUACAUGUCAUCGGAACCUUUUCAGCCAGUGGCCAGUGUAUCAUCAACGACUCCCAAAACAUAUUAGUACUCCAUCCAGACCAGUUGAUAUCCGCCACUGUUGUCGCCGAUUCAUUUAGUUGCAUGCGCCGGGCGGUUCUGCAGGAUCGUGUCAAGGCAACUAGCGAAGCUACUGCUCCUCUGGUCUAUGGUACGAUGCUCCAUGAGAUCUUCCAGGAAGCUCUUAUGGCGAACACGUGGGACUUAAGGUUUUUGAGCACAAUUAUCGACAAAGUUAUCGAAAAGCAUGUUGAGGACUUGUACAAAAUCAAAGUCAGCAAGAGUAUUGCCAGGGAACAUCUUCAAUCAAAGAUGACAGAGUUGAGCAGUUGGGCCACAGCCUUCGUGGCCUCUCAGCCGAAGCCUGAUGCCGUCAUUCAUGACCGUAAUGGCAAGAAAGCCAAUAUGUGCGUCAGUAAGCUGCUCGAUGUUGAAGAACACGUUUGGUCGCCUAUGUACGGACUCAAGGGGAACAUCGAUGCAACAGUGCAAGUCACAAUGAAAGAUGGGAAAGACAAGAAAACCCUGACCGUCCCAUUUGAGGUCAAGACAGGCAAGCAUGCCAAUAGCAACCAUAUGGCACAGACGGCUCUGUACAAUCUUCUUCUUUCCGAUCGUUACGACCUUGAAAUCGUUUAUGGCAUCCUGUACUACAUGGAAACGUCUCAAACGAUGCGCAUACCCACCAUACGACAUGAACUACGACAUAUGAUUAUGCAACGGAAUCAAUUAGCAUGUUAUAUCCGGGAACGUAGUGUUCAGCUGCCUCCGAUGAAAAGAAGCAAGAAUAUGUGUGGGAAAUGCUAUGCCAAGGCACCAUGCUUCAUAUAUCACAAGCUUGCUGAUGACGGCAACGGAGAGUCGAGCGGAAUGGAUGCGCAGUUUGACGAGGUGGUUAAACAUCUUACGCCCAAACAUCAAGAAUUCUUCCUCAAAUGGGAGAAUCUACUGACAAAAGAGGAAAAGGAAACCCAGAAGUUGAAAAGAGAACUGUGGACGAUGGUUAGCGAAGAUCGCGAGAAGGUGGGAAGAUGUUUUUCGGAUGUCGUCAUUGAAGAAGGCUCAUGGUCCGAAGACUUGGGCACUUCAAAGAUCAACCGUUUUAACUACACUUUCGUUAAGCGACUUCCGAACCCAAACCAUUCAUUCUUGGAGUCACAGCUGGCUGUUGGUGAGCCGAUCGUCAUUUCCGACGAAGAAGGCCACUUCGCACUUGCUCUAGGCUAUGUUACUGCGCUGCGCAAGCAGAGAAUCAGCGUAGCCGUUGACAGGCGGCUGCAUAACGCUCGCAUUCGGCAACCCGGUUUCGACGAAUCGAACAAUCAAGUCUUUGCUAGCAUCAUGGAGGUCGUUCCUGAGGGCUGCACACAAGACCAAACUCAGGGGAGAAUUAGACAAGCGCCUACUCGCUAUCGGCUUGACAAAGACGAGUUUAGUAAUGGCAUGGCAGUCGUUCGAAACAAUCUUGUUCAAACUAUGGCUGAAGGCGUCUUUGGCUCUCGCGAAAUUCGUCGCCUUAUCGUGGACCUGGUUCCGCCGAGGUUCAAAUCGGUGCCCACACAAUAUACUGUGGCAGACCGAGAAUCUCUCAACGUGGACCAGCAUAGGGCGAUCGAGAAGGUUAUGAGUGCCCAAGACUACGCACUAGUGCUUGGCAUGCCUGGUACGGGCAAAACGACCACUAUUGCACAUAUCAUCAGAGCCCUCGUAUCCCAAGGGAAAAGUGUGCUGCUUACCUCAUACACACAUACUGCAGUCGACAAUAUUCUGCUCAAACUCAAGGACGACAAGACACCUGUCCUUCGACUCGGCGCUCCUGCCAAAGUACACCCAGAUGUUCAGCAAUUCGCAAUUCUGGCUGGGCAGCCCAUGGACUCAUUUGAGCAGAUCAAAGAAGCGUGGCAUGAGACACCGAUUGUAGCAACAACCUGUCUCGGCAUUGGUCACGCGCUAUUCAAUGAGCGCACGUUUGACUACUGUAUUGUUGACGAAGCAUCUCAGAUCACCUUGCCCAUCUGCCUUGGACCGAUUCGAAUGGCAAAGACUUUCGUCUUAGUCGGAGAUCACAACCAGCUUCCACCGCUUGUACAAAAUGAGGAAGCUCGAGAAGGCGGUCUUGAUGUUAGCCUGUUUAAGCUUCUCUCAGACACACAUCCCGACUCGGUUGUGAAUCUGGAGCAUCAAUACCGCAUGUGUGAAGACAUUAUGACUCUCAGCAACACCUUGAUUUACAAAGGUCGAUUAAGAUGUGGCACUGAGCAACUGCGAUUCAAGAAGCUUCACGUACCGAAUAUGAACGCGCUAAAGCAUCUCCACUACGACUUGUCGACCACGCACCAACCAGAACCACCAAAGUCGUUCUGCACUUCCAUGGCAGAGAGCAACUGUUGGCUCCGAGAUCUCAUAGACGGCGAAACCCGUGUGAGAUUUGUCAACACCGACACUCUUCUACCCCUUAUUCGAGAGGAGGCGAAGGGCAACCGCAUUGUAAAUCCGGCAGAAGCACGCAUUGUCAAACAGCUUGUUGAAGGCCUCCUCACGGCUGGCGUCCCCGAUGGAGAGAUUGGGGUCAUGACACAUUAUCGCUCGCAAUUUUCCUUGCUAAAACACGGCCUUCGCAACCACGUUGGCGUGGAAAUGCACACCGCUGAUCGAUUUCAAGGGCGGGACAAAGAUGUUGUUAUCCUUUCGUUGGUACGUAGCAACGACGGAUGCAGCAUUGGCGAUCUUUUGAAAGACUGGCGCCGCAUCAACGUAGCCUUCACACGAGCCAAGACCAAGCUUCUGGUCGUGGGUAGCAAGAAUACGCUUAAAGGCAGCGGGAGGGAAGAAAUGCUAAGCAAGUUUAUCAGUCUCAUGGAAGAGCGAGACUGGAUUUACGAUUUGCCUGCAGAUGCAUUGGACAGCCACUUCUUUGACGACACAGCAACACAAUUUACUGCAAGUGGCAUCUCGCCUAUCAAGGGGAAGAAAAAUGCAAGCUCGAGAACGGGCUUUAGUCCGAGGAAAGCCCCAAGGCUGGGCCUAGGAGUUGACAAGGAAAACUACAGACCUGAGCCCAAGAGGGCAAGGAUAGGGGAGAAGGUUCUUAUGAAGAACAAGGUCAUUCUCAGGGACAUUCUUAAUGAAAUGACGAACGGUGGUUAUUGA